AGUAGGGAACAGGUUAAACCUACUCUCACUUUGUUUCCUCUACUCGUCAGUAAAGCACUUUAUCAUGGGAGGUUCACAGUCUGACCAAGCGCAUAAGUUCCAACAUCUCUCUGAUAAAACCCGCUUUUCCAUAGACCAGAUAAACAGCCUUCAUAAACGAUUUAUGACCCUCACAGAAAAUGAAGGCGUUUUAAGACAAGAACAUCUUGAGAAUAUUAUUAAUUUGGCUGAGAACCCAAUCCGGAGACAGAUCAUCGGGGCCUUUUUUGAUAAAAGGAACUUGGGUCAGAAUGAGGAUGGCUAUCUGCAGGAGAUUGGAUUUGAGGAAUUUCUGACUAUUCUGGCAUUCUUCAAACCACCCAAACAACGCAAUAGCGAAGAGGAGAAUCAAAAUAUCAAGAAGGAGAAACUACGCUUUCUUUUCAACAUGCAUGACACCGACAAUGACGGCUUCAUCACAUUAGACGAAUAUAAACGUCUGGUAGAAGAGCUGCUGUCUAGUAACGAAACCAUGGAGAUGGAAACAGCAAAAGCCAUAUCAGAUGCUGCAAUGCUGGAAGUUGCAAGUGUCGCAAUGGGUCAGAUGGGUCCAGAUGAGUAUUAUGAGGGAAUCACCUUUGAACAUUUCCAGCAGGUUUGAUCUCUUCAACGAUUUUAAAAGGGAUCCAGAUCGAGAUCAAGAUGAACAUUAACUUCUGGAACUUGGACACAAUUAAAAUUCAAUGUGGAAAAUCAAAGUAGUUUCCUAAAGACUAUUUCAACCUUUAGUAAUAAAAGUUUAGGAUGCGGGUAUGAGUGCUGACUGAGUCCAGACUUCAUGAAUGUACAGAGGACACAAAGUUCUCCCAACAAUUUUAUAACUUAAAUCUAGAGGGCAUUUGUCAACCACAUGGGGCUAUGUUUGUGGGCUCUCAAUGCAUAUGCACUCAAAGAUUUAAAUUGACCCACGCUUUCAUUUAUAUAAUGCUUAUAUUAAACAGGGAUUUUAGCACUGUAGGCUUUUACCAAGCCAUAUGAUUUUGUGCUUGCAAAAAUUAUAUUUGUUCCUUUCUGAAUAAAAUGCACAUUUUGAUAAAUGGCGAAGUCUUUA